AUGUGGAUUUACACUACUUCUGAGAUCGCGCCUUCACAAGCGCCUGGUGCAGUCGAGUCGAGGGUUGAAGUCAAGUCGGUUGCCGCCAUCGUCGAUGCAUUGCCAUACAGUGAAACUUCGACGGGGCGGCAGCGUGAUGUAGAGGGUUUGUCAAUACUUUUCAGCUCGAGCUUGACAUACACUGAGCCAGCUCCGCCCGAGCUUACUGGAGAUGAUAGUGCCAAUUACACACUCACUUUCGUUUCAAGAAGUAAUGCACAUGACCUUUCAUAUCAACUAGGCAUUGGUCGUCGUCAGUUGGCUGUUGGAUACCUCACCCUACCAGUCGCCAACACGUUCUUCGUGAACGGCAGUCGUGCAACGCUCGUUGAGGAUACUUGGCGAGUCACUCUUCAGCACAGCUCGACCGAAUCUGAAGGGAAACAUGACACGUUGGCGACAAAUAUCAGCCAUGAGCAGAGGAAAGAUCUCCAAUCAGCGACUAUUGAUGCAGCUUUUCAGUAUGACGCUAUAGGUCAGUCUAUACUUCCACUUACCCCUCUCACCAAACGACGAGCAAUCACGAAAGCGAUGGGCAAUGUGGUGACGGAAAUAAAGACCGGAGCAACAGUAGUACCUGCCUCAAGCGAGUUAGAAAAGAGUGUUUCGGACUACAUCGGCAAGAACUCUGAGGCCACCUCUGCGGGCCCGUUAUUGAUAUACGCUUCUGUUAUCCCUCAAUUUGGAGCACAAUUCGCGGAUCCGGAUUCGAAUCUUCUCCUGACGCUUCCACCACAGUCGCUCCAACUGCAGUCGUGGAGCAUGAUCAAUAAUAGGAACAGAUGUACAAGAUUGUUCAGAGUGACUGGGGGCGGUGGUGGAUGGGGCAAGAAACAAGGACUUCUCUCGCUUGACCCGGCAGUGGACUUUGAUGGGCAAAGUACGGUAUCGAGCUUCCCCGACAUCGACGACUCAGGCGAUAUAGGUCAAAUUUCGGAACCCAAGGGAAUGAUGCCUUCACUAAGCACGAUUCAGUUUUGGGUAUUCAACAAUGACAGUACACCGCUCGCCGAGGACCAGCGAUUGGACCUUGACAGGAUAUUUGGAAGAAGUGGUGUGGAGCAAGAAAAAAAGAACGACAUGGACAAAAUGUAUUUCGUGCUUGGCACAGGGCCAAGGGCGGAAGAAAGAGAAGGGAUUGAAGGACACGAGAGACAAGCCUUGAACAGAUCGGAGAUGCAACAGCAGUUUGUUCGUGGGUAUUUUGGAAUGCUCGCAUAUGGCGGCGCUGCCGUUGGAAGUCUGCAGGCGCAGGGAGAGAAUGCUGCAGGGCCUCUUUAUACCGGAGCCAGGAGCCGUGUCGAUGUGCCCAACACGACGUUCGUUCUUGAAUUUGAGCCUGCCACAGAGGCGGGUGCAGUCAGAGCCGCACGGCCAAAGGAGAAGACCUCGUGA